CACCUGAGCGGGAACAAAAGACUGAACCUGGGAGCAGCCAUAACUGCCCUGCUGCUCCUGCAUGUGUGUCGAGUGUGUGUUCUGAGUGUGUUUGUGUAUUUAAAGGCUGCGGGUGUCUAAACGAGCUGCAGGGGGCAUCCUCGCCCUUGCUCGUGGAGAUCCCCCCCCCUCCACCUCUCUUAGCAGACACACACCAUAGUCUCUAUCACACUCACACACCACUCCUCCUGCCAGACUCCCAGGCCAAGCAGCGUCGCCAUACGGAACAUCCUGCCCUCAGCGGAGAGGGGGAGGAGAGAGAGAGAGAGAGCCCGAGAGUGUGUACACAGUGAGGGGGGAGAGAGCGAGGCUGUGAGUGUGCUGAGAAAAAGAGAGAGAGGGAGAGACGAGGUCUGGCGUCUCCCUGUAGUAAAUCUAUCAGGUCUCGAGCUCUAAAACUCCCAGGACCGGACCGAGGAGAAGAAGAAGAAGAGGCCUCUAUCUAAUCUAAUUGUGCCACUAACUGGUGACCUGGACCAGCAGCGCGUGAAGCCUUGGAUUAAAAAGCCCGACUAGAAGGACGGAUGGUCGCGCGGACGGGCGGCGCGCUGUGAAGUUGGACAGACUACCGAGACACCGACAGCGGCAGCUUUUGUUCCACCACCUCCCCGAACCCCGUGAAGGCAGCGGCGGCACCGGGAGGCUGCUCACGCGCACCCCGACCAUGAAGCUGCCUUGGCUCCUCGCGCUCACGGCGCUGCUUGCUCACGCCGCCACGGGACAGACUUGGUCACCGUCGAUCGACGAUGAAGGCUCGACGAGAGACGAAUUCUACGACGACGAGGAUCUCUACUCAGGCUCCGGCUCUGGCUUCCCUGACAUCAGCAUACGGCCGACAUCAGCAGGUGUGUCCUUCACCACAGAAGAGCCCCUCCCCCUCUCAACCACACAGGCCACAAGCCCUGCUCCUUCUGCCUCACCUGCGGCCGAGCCAAGCCCUGACCCAGAGGAGCCGACCGCCACUCCACUGCCCACGGAGGCCGACGGAGAGAGCGGCGUGUUCUGGGAAAGAGAGCGAGAGCUGGAGAAGGAGAGAGAGAGGGAGUUAGAGAAGGAGAGAGAGAGAGAGGAGGAGAGGCAGAGGGAGCUGGAGAGGGAGAGACAGAUGGAGCGUGAGAGAGAGAGGGAAAGAGAGCGGGAGCGGGUCCGAGAGAUGGAGAGAGAGAGAGAAAGGGAGAGAGAGAGGGAGAGAGAGAAGGAACGUGAGAGAGAGCGAGAGAAAGAAAGAGAGAGGCAGAGGGAGCUGGAGCGAAUCAGAGCGGCCGCGGCUCAGACCACCGCUGCUCCACGAUCCCCCGCAGCUGUCCCAGUGGUGACCACCAACCCUGCCCUCACCCCCUCAGAGAGUGCAGUGCCCUCUUCUGAUGACCUCAGCACCACAGAAGAAGAAGACGAUGUCUAUCUGUCACCUGAGCCCACAUCGGUCUAUCCAGGAUUCAACAUGGAAACCACCACAGAAGAAGACACGGCCACUACAGCAGAGACCACACCUGAGCCCACCACAGCUGCACCCACCACCACCACAGUCAGGACCAGGGUUCCAUUCAGGCCAAGGGUUCCCAUGACGACAGCCACUCAGGCGGCGCCAUCAGAGAGAACGACCCGUCCACAACAGCCAACAACAACCCCACAGGAGGGAAUCAAUGAGGUGGGUGCUGCCGGGCCGAGUGGAGAUUUCGAGAUCCGCGAUGACCGACGUAAUGAUCUCGGUCGAGGUAUUGUGCCAGUGGAUCCUGAUCUGAUUGGCAACACGGUGGAUGGAGGCAGCUCUGCUGCCCAGCUUCCACAGAAGAACAUCCUGGAGAGAAAAGAAGUCUUGAUAGCCGUGAUAGUCGGAGGAGUCGUGGGCGCCUUGUUCGCCGCCUUCCUGGUGAUGCUGCUGGUGUACAGGAUGAAGAAGAAGGACGAGGGCAGCUACACGCUGGAGGAACCCAAACAGGCCACCGUCACCUACCAGAAGCCAGACAAGCAGGAGGAGUUUUACGCAUAACACCCAUUUUCGUACAGAGAGACGCACCGCACGCCGAGGGAGAGAUACAGAGCGAGAGAGAGAAGAGAGAAAGAUACUCUAACCCCCCCCCUUCCUGCUUCUUCUUCUUCCUCCUCCUCCUCCUCCUCUUCUUCGUCGCCUCCCCCCUCAUCUGCUCCUCGUCCCUCUCUCCUCUCGUCUCCAAAACACUUGAGAGCGCCUUUUCUCUCUGCGGACUCUGAACUUUCUUUUCAAUGAAAUCGAAAAAAGAGGACAAAAAAAGGAAAAAAAAUCCAAAUAUAUUCUGAAAAAAUAACACAUACACACAAGAUGUUUUUAAAGUAAAUGUUGUUAUUAAUAUUCUGCAGAUUCUCUUGUUCUGUAUGUAAUGAUAUGAUUAUUUUGUAAGAAAAGAACAAAACACAAGCUCUUAUGUGUUUUCCAGCACAAAAAAGCAAAUUCCUCCUCUGUUUUUAAUGGAGCAAUGAAAAGGCAAAGAGAGGAGAGGAGAGGGGCAGAGCGAGCCGAGCGAGACACAAAAGAAGACAGAAGGGUGGGCUCGGCUCUGCCCCCCGUCCCCCCUGAAAUACACACAGCGCGUCUGGUUGGCCGCACAGAGCCACACGGGUCAAAAGGUGAGAGGAAAGGUCUCUUUUGUGCCUUCCAUCGCUCUGGUGCUUAGACGCAUACGCUAAUCUAUACAGCCCCACAAACACGCUAACACACAAAUACACACAUGCACACACAGGCUUGUGUCUGCUUGAAGGUGGCUCUGACCUCUCUCUCUGUGCUCGGCCAACCAGAAAACGCUGAUCAACCUCGGCGUGUUUCACAACGUCGAGGAGCCGCUGUGGAAACAUUGGAUGGUCACAAAAAGGUUCGCACGCGCUCACAUGGAGCUGGCGGCCUGUCUGCUCCUCUAAGCUGUACAAAGACUAGUUACGGAUAGUAAUAAUAACCAAUAAUAUAUCGAUGUUCUGGGCUGGAUGGUGAUUAUAAUAAUAAUAAUAAUGAUACCAUAAUAAUAAUAAUGAUACUUAAACAGGAGGAUAUGUAUUUAGCAGUUUAAAAAAGUUUAUAUGUAAAUAUCUGCGUAUCCUUUCUGGCAUCACUAACCAUCUGCAUGAUCAUGAAGAGUUUUUAUCAGUCACAUCAUCACCUUAGAUGAGCUGUGCUCUCGUCCGCCACACACACACUCACAUGCACGCAGACACACACUCACACAAGCAGACAGAAAACUGUGCAUUUAAAAAAAAAACACCACACGGACUGAAAUAUACUGUAAAUCAUAUCAUUCAGACCCAUCUUCAUCCUCAUCAUCAUCAGUGUGAUCACUUGUGAUACGAGCGAGAUCAGUUGGUUUCAAUAUGUUAUUGAUUAGUUAUGGAUCUGUUGCAGGUUGGUUUAGAGUUUGGUCUGUUUGUGUAAAAGCACAACUUCGUGUUCAGUCGUCAUGUCAUCAGAUAUUACCCUCAACACCCCCCCACGCACCUUUUGCAUGCCUCACUUUGUUUUUCGUCCACCAUUGGCUCUCUGUCAGGGGGAUGGGGGGGGUCUUUGGGAAGCGAUUGGGGCUUUAAUGAAUAUUAAGAGAGUGUGAGCACUUGCAGGAAGUUGCUCCCACGUGCGUUAAUUUGGCUGAAGUUUUAACUUUUUUUUCAUUGAGGACAGAUUCUGAAUUAGCGCAAAUGGGUUCACCUUCUCCUGAGGCUUUUUGGGAGGGUCAAACUGAGGAGGGAAAGGGGGUUAGGACUGGGUUCGGGAAAAGGAAUUCACGGUAUUCACACAACGGACAUUCGCCUCUGAUGUCAGGAUGUCACUUCCUUGAUUUAAAACUUUUCAGUCGUGUUUUUCUCCUCAAUUAAAGGUGCAGUGUGUGAUAGACUAGCAGCAUUUAGUGCUGUGUUUAAAUUAGUGUUUAACCAUCUGAAUGUACAAAUUGUUUAUAUUUUUAUUAAUUAAGAGCCUUUAUUCAUGCAUAGGGAGGGUCCACCUCACAGACUCAAGUAUCUUGAAAUUUUGCCCUUCAAAAUAAAAUUCAAACACUUUUAGUGUGGUGCUGCAACAGCAGGAAAUGUUUUUAAAAGCAAUAAAUUGGCACAGCGCCAAGUAAGCUCCUGGUAUAGAAAAUGAAAAAUACACAAAAUAAGGUAAAAUAAAAAUUUGUGGAUCCAAAAUAUGAUUCACUUCCAAAAUGUGUUCGCACAGGAUGAGCUUUACCAGGGAACUCUGGUUAUUUGUUUUGUAAAUUAUUUGAUUUUUGGAUCUUAACUUGCAAUACUGGUUCCACCUUUUUGUUAUUGCUGAAUCCCAUGUGUUUGAUUUAUCCCCCUCUCUCUGCAAAACUUUUGACACAAUACCCAAUGCUGUUAGGGUCCCCGUUUCAAUGACAGUCUGUCCAUCCAUUUUUUACACUCCUUUUCUCUUUCUGGGCCUGGGGGGGGGGGGGGGUUGCUGGAGCCUAUCCCAGCUGUCAUUGGGCGAGAAGUGGGGUACACCCUGAACUGGUCGCCAGCCAAUUGCAAGGCUAACAUACAGAGACAAACACAUCUACAGGCAAUUUAGAGUCACCAAUUAACCUAACAAGCGUGUCUAUGAUGGUGGGAGUACCUGGACAGAACCGUUGCAUGCAGAGAACAUGCAAACUCUGCACAGAAAGGCCUUGACUUUGCACCGCCAUGCAGCCCGUGACGGCAAAUAAGUGAAAAUAUUGAACGGUUCUUGUCCUUAAUGUUCUACACACUGCACCUUUAACAACUAAACACAUGAAAAUACAGUGAAAUAUGAACGGAUGUUGGACAGAGUUUCACACUAAAACAAGCUUAUUUGUCUCCUCUGGCUAUGUAUCAUUAGAAAACAGCUAAUACUAGCAUUCAGCCACUUCUUAGUAAGCAAUUUUUUACCCUUAUGUUAGCUUAGGAAGUUAAUUUCCAAGUUUAUGACUUUACUAUUGCAAAGUGUAGUGUUACAAAAAGGUACGAUUAGAUUUUAGCCAAUUUUAAGUUAAAGUAUACAUUUGCUGCUUGGCUUGCAGGGUGUGAAAUAUGUUGUUUUGAUGCAAAUAAAGGCCAAUGUUCCUCCAUAUUUAGGUGAUUAAUCAAAAAACAGUCAAAUGAUAAUGAUUUGAAAGAUAAAUUAUGAUUUUAGGACAUUUUUGAGGACACUUGGGCGUCCCACACUGAGUGACGUCAGGGGAAAAUGUCCACCGUGUGAAUAUGAAGAGGCAGGAGGGUUGUGCUUCUAUCUAAGAGAUUGUAACAAUAACCACACCAGUGCGACUGGGCUAGUAGCUUCUAUUAUACUCAGUACUGUAGAACUAAAUGCAUGGGAGUCAAUACUAAAGUAGUCUGGGUGUGCGUGUGUCUGAAUGUGUCUGAAUGCAAGCGAGGGGUGAGUUAAAGUAGGAAUGUACUGUGGUGGAGUGAGUGUUUACCUUCUCCAGCAGAUCUCGUGCUCUUCCACAGACAGGUAACACACCUCCUCCACACCUGUGCGUGUUCGUCACCUGCCCCCUCUCUAGUGUGUGAGAGUACGAGUGUGUCAUCUAAGCCCUCCACCUGUGCGUGUCAUUGUGUGAGUGCUUCACCUUGGUAUUUCACAGCAGACUCUUGUGUACACUGACUAGCCUGUCGACGUGGUCUGUUCUCUGCUGGAUGAGGGGCAGCUGCUCCCUCUGUGGCUUUCUCACACACUGACUGUCUUUUCGCUGUCUGUCCGUCUCUCUGCCCCGGGACAGGCGGACAGACACCAACACGCCACUUUCACACAGGCAGGAAUGAUCUUGACACGUACUGUCUUUUCUAAACAUGUGUUUGUACCCAUCGAAGCCUGCGUAGCCAAAUAAGACGUGUGUGUUUGUGUGUGAGUGUGUGAGAGUGUGUGGGUUUGUACGUGUGUGCGUGUAGGUAUGCAUGUGUGAGCGUUUGUGUGUGAAGCCUGAUGGAGGCGACACGACUCUAUGUUUGCUGUUCCCAUUCCUGUUUUUAUACAUUUGCAUUUUUUUAAGGCUGAGUUUCUGUCAUUGGCUGAGUGAGCGAGAGGAGGCGGAUCCUCCACGCCACCGCCCUAUCACUAAUCUGCCACUCUGUUCCAAAUAAAAAACCUG